GCGGAAGCCAGGCCCUGCUGUGUGGGAUGCCGGGACAGCUCAGGGUGUUGGGGAGGAGCGUGGCCCKGGCUGGGCAGAGUCCGGCUGAGGCRCUGCAGCUGGAGGCAGUAAGGCAGCCCAGGGCCUCUGCCGGGUUGGCCACUCCCUGCAGAAUGCAGAUCCACCAGGAGGUGCAGGAUUACUAUGGCAGAGAGCUGCAGAAGUCGGAGGACCUCAAAACCAAUGCUUGCACUACCUCAGCCAGGCCCCAUUSCAAGGUGGUGAGAGAUGCUCUGGAGCGUGUCCAUGAGGAGGUGGUGGCCAGGUACUAUGGCUGUGGUCUGGUGAUCCCUGAGUGCCUGUCGUCRUGCCGGAUCCUGGACCUGGGCAGCGGCAGCGGCAGGGACUGCUACGUGCUGAGCCAGCUGGUUGGRGAGCAGGGCCAUGUCACCGGGAUAGAUAUGACUGAGGGCCAGGUUGAGGUGGCGAAGAAGCACAUUGCCUACCACAUGGAUAAGUUUGGCUACCGAAAGCCAAACGUGGAGUUUGUCCAUGGUUACAUGGAGAAACUGGCUGAUGCUGGGCUGGCUGACGAGAGCUACGAUAUUGUCAUCUCCAACUGCGUGAUCAACCUCACCCCUGACAAGAGGGCUGUGAUGCGGGAGGCCUUUCRUGUGUUGAAGCCYGGGGGAGAGAUGUACUUCAGUGACAUCUACGCCAGCCAGCGCCUGAGCGAGACCGUGCAGAAGCACCGGGUGCUGUGGGGAGAAUGCCUGGCAGGAGCCCUGUACUGGAGAGACCUGUACAGCAUUGCUGAAGAGGUGGGGUUCAGCCCCCCGUGCCUGGUCACCGCCAGCCCCAUCACYAUUGGCAACAAGGAGCUGCAGGACAUCAUCGGCGACUGCCGCUUUGUUUCUGCAACUUUCCGCCUGUUCAAGGUGCCGAGUGGCAGCCGGACCGGGCCAGGACAGGUCAUCUACAAUGGUGGCAUUGUGGGGCAUGAACGAGAGCUGGUGUUUGAUGCCAACUUCACCUUCAAGGAAGGAGAGGUGGUGGACGUGGAUGCUGAAAUGGCUGCGAUCCUUCAGAGCUCCAGGUUUGCAGAGGAGUUUCUGAUUCGAGCUGAGGGGACCAACACCACAGCACUGCAGGGCUGCUGUUGCAAGRGAGCGAAGGAGAAGAUCUGUGAUCCCUUCCAGCUGCUGGAGCAGCUGGCAGCCCCAGGUCCUGCCUGUUGUCCUGGUGGCACCUGUGUUCCCCCAGGGUGCUGCUGAGUGGUGAGUGGUGCCUCUGCACUGUCAGAAGCCAGCAGGAAGAGAGGAUGUGGCCCCGGUGACAUUUUCUCCCAGAGAGCAAAUACAUGUCUGAGCUCAAAGGCUGUGUGCUUGUGGCUGUGGGGUGCUUUGCUUCCCUGACAGGGCUGGUGGGGCAGGUUGUGUCUGGUUAGAGUGAGCACCCCUCCUCUGGGGUCUCUCACCGUGGGGCUGGCAGUGGCUGUGUGGUUUGGGCACACAGACAGGGACAGUCUCUGUCUCACUUGCAGCCCUGCAGCCUGUUCCAGGAGAUGGGGAUUGCUCUCUCUUUCCAUGUGCAG